AUGGCGUUCAACGGGAAGGCGCCGUAUGCGCCGGACUAUGCCUCAUACAACUGGAUCGGCGCGCCCUCCGACUUUAGUCUGGCCACCAACGAUCUAGGCGGUGAUUCUCGAACCGAAAAUGUCAACAAAUGGUUUCAAUCUGGCGACCAGGCCUACAUCAUCGUGGCCUCCGCCAUGGUCCUCGUCAUGGUCCCCGGCCUGGGGUUCUUGUACUCCGGUCUGGCCCGCCGGAAGUCUGCACUCAGCAUGAUCUGGGCCUGUAUGGCUUCCAUGUCGGUCGUCACGUUCCAAUGGUACUUCUGGGGCUACUCAUUAGCUUUCUCGCCGACCGCAACCAAUGGCUAUAUUGGCAACCUGCGCAAUUUCGGUCUGAUGAAGACCCUGGCAAACCCCAGUCCGGGCUCGCCGCUGAUUCCGGACCUGCUCUUUUCGUUUUAUGAGAUGCAAUUCUGCGCCGUCACCGCUGCCAUCAUCAUGGGCGCCGUUGCUGAGCGUGGUCGACUCCUUCCCGCCAUGAUUUUCGUCUUCCUCUGGGCAACAAUCGUCUACUGCCCGCUAGCCUGCUGGGCCUGGAAUCCCAACGGCUGGGCGUACAAGUAUGGUGUCAUGGACUACGCGGGCGGCGGGCCCGUCGAGAUCGGGUCCGGGUUCACGGCUCUGGCUUACUCCAUGGUGCUCGGUCGCCGGCAGGAGCGCAUGAUGCUCAACUUCCGGCCGCACAACGUCUCGCUCAUCCUCCUCGGCACGGUCUUUCUGUGGUUCGGCUGGCUCGGUUUCAACGGUGGCUCAGCUUUCGGUGCUAACAUUCGUGCGACAAUGGCUUCCUGGAAUACGAAUUUGACUGCCGCGUUCGGUGCCAUCACCUGGGUUCUGCUCGAUUGGCGCCUGGCUCGGAAGUGGUCGAUGGUCGGCUGGUGUUCGGGAACGAUCUCGGGAUUGGUGGCUGCCACUCCCGCUUCGGGAUUUAUCACUCCGUGGGCUAGUGUGAUCCUGGGGAUUGUGACUGGCAUUGUUUGCAAUUAUUCCACCAAGAUCAAAUACUGGAUCCGCAUCGACGACUCUAUGGAUGUGUUGGCUGAACACGGCGUCGCAGGAAUCAUCGGCCUCAUCUUCAAUGCUUUCUUCGGCGACAACGCCAUCAUCGGCCUCGACGGUGUCAACACCGGCACCACCGCCGGCGGCUGGGUCAUCCACAACUGGAAGCAGCUGUACGUGCAGGUUGCAUAUAUCGUCGCCACAUCGGCCUACUCCUUCGUCGUCUCCGCCAUUAUUGCCUACGCCAUCAACGCCAUCCCGGGCCUGAAUCUGCGCGCCUCCGAAGAAGCCGAGCUGCUCGGGAUGGACGAUGACCAGCUGGGCGAAUUCGCGUAUGACUACGUCGAGGUCCGUCGGGAUUAUCUUGCUUGGACACCGCAGAAGCACGAUCAGCGUGAAGACGGGCAUGAGAUUCCGGCUGCGCAGCGAUACGGCAUCGGCGAACACAGCGAGAUGAUGCUGGAGGGCCACGCGCCGAAUGGCGAUAUCAGCCAGAGCAGUCGUGGAGGCAGUGAGGGUGAUAUGGCCAUUCGGGAAAUGAAACUUGCGCCUGCGCCGCGCCAGGUCGCUGAGCAGCAUCCGCCUGAUACUGGCGAGGCGAUGGGUGGGACACCGGGCGUGUUGAGGCCCGUUGAUGAGAAGACGGAGAAUUAG